AUGCCCGCACGUAUCACCCACAGCACCAGCAGCAACUUCCAUUCACAACACCCCUUGCAUCUCCGGCAACUAUCGCCGUUCACCGUCGCCGUGCCCAACGCCGGCCACCCUUGCUCCCGGCAAGACCCCCAGCAGCAGCGACUCCACUGCUACAACACCAGCAACCCUCCGAUGAGCAUCUCUGCAAAUCCCUUACCCAGUUUCCUGCCCCCUCUGCUCCACGCUCCGCCAGACCCGAAGACCUCCUGCCAGAGGCCACACCUGUGCCACCUUGCUGCCGGGAGCUCCACUCCAUCUGCUGCACUUCGGCCACCACAGCACAGCAACGCCAGGCCACCACGGCACCACCCCCUUGUUCCUCUGCUGCCUGCUUUCUUCCCCGCAAACCCGAGCUCGACCUCACCCUGCUUUGCAGACCAUCACUCUUCAUCUCCUCUCCAACUUGCCACGGCCACCCUGCACACAGCCUCUCCCACACCACCGACAUCACCACCAACAACCGACGCCCUCUUCCACACCCCAAGGCGGCCAACACUGCCAAGGAGAUCGGGACAAAGUCGCAGGGGCAUGCCCGCAGGUAUCACCCACAGCACCAGCAGCAACUUCCAUUCACAACACCCCUUGCAUCUCCGGCAACUAUCGCCGUUCACCGUCGCCGUGCCCAACGCCGGCCACCCUUGCUCCCGGCAAGACCCCCAGCAGCAGCGACUCCACUGCUACAACACCAGCAACCCUCCGAUGAGCAUCUCUGCAAAUCCCUUACCCAGUUUCCUGCCCCCUCUGCUGUAA